GCGGCCGCGCUGCAUGGGGCCGGAGACCGGCCGGCAUGGAGGGGGUCCUGUACAAGUGGACCAACUACCUGAGCGGCUGGCAGCCUCGGUGGUUCCUUCUCUGUGGUGGCAUCCUGUCCUAUUAUGACUCUCAGGAAGAUGCCUGGAAGGGAUGUAAGGGAAGCAUCCAAAUGGCUGUUUGUGAAAUUCAAGUUCAUCCUGCAGAUAACACACGAAUGGACCUGAUUAUCCCAGGGGAGCAGUACUUCUAUCUGAAGGCAAGAAAUGCAGUUGAAAGGCAAAAGUGGCUGGUUGCCCUAGGAACUGCCAAAGCCUGUCUGACUGACAGCAGGACACAGAAGGAAAAAGAGUUCACUGAAAACACAGAAGCCUUGAAGACUAAAAUGUCUGAACUCAGACUGUACUGUAACCUCCUUGUUCAGCAAGUGCAUAAAACAAAGGAAGCCAGCAUUUCUGGUGUGUCAGAACCAGAGAGUGAGAUUGAUAUGGGAGCUCUGUUGAAAUCAACUUGUGACACUUUCCUGAAGACUCUUGAAGAAUGUAUGCAGAUUGCAAAUACUGCCUUCACUUCUGAGUUACUGCAUCAGACCCCACCUGGAUCCCCAAAUUUAGCAGUUCUCAGAACAAGCAAGGUAAAGCACUCUGUCAUGUCCAGUCACACCUCAACAGAAAGGCAGGUGGAAUUGAGCCCCUGUGAAAACGGCUGUGUAAAAGCAGAAAUUAACCAUCAAGAGCAAGCAGUUAUUAAAAGUAUGGAAUGUUUAAACUUGGAAACCAACGAGGGGACUGGUGAUGUUUAUGUUGAAGAUCAUGUAGCAGAGGAUUUGGCAGGCAUUAAAGACGAUGGAGAGGACAAGUUGCAAGCUGUAGAAAGCUGUGGUGCCCACAAGUUGCUGCAGUCAGAAACAAAUUCUUUAGGUGGAUUGAUUUUGUGUGAGGAAGAAGGAAAUGAAAAGGAUUCUCCUACCUUCUUCAGUGUCAUGAGCAAUAGGUUCAGUGAUAUUGAGCUUCGGGAGGAGGAAGGCAUACCAACAGAGGAGUUCCUGGAGUCGUGUUAUGCAAUUGUGCCUGUUCUGGAUAAGCUGGGACCAACUGUUUUUGCUCCAGUUAAAAUGGAUUUUGUAGGCAACAUCAAGAAAAUAAACCAGAAAUUUAUAACCAACAAAGAAGAGUUUGAUACCCUUCAGAAGAUUGUGCUCCAUGAAGUGAACGCAGGUGUAGCACAAGUUAGAAACUCUGCUACAGAGGCUCUCCUGUGGCUGAAAAGAGGUUUAAAGUUCUUGAAAGGGUUUUUGACAGAAGUGAAGAAUGGGGAAAAGAACAUCCAAACAGCUCUGAACAAUGCUUAUGGAAAGACAUUAAGGCAGCACCAUGGUUGGGUUGUCCGCGGGGUCUUUGCAUUAGCUUUAAGGGCAGCUCCAACGUAUGAAGAUUUUGUGGCAGCUCUGUCUGUAGAUGAGUGUGAUCCUCAGGAAGAAACAUUUUACAAAGGAAUGCAGAGGGACCUCAACAUUUACUUACCAGCCAUGGAAAAGCAGCUAAAUAUCUUGGACACUCUUUAUGAAGUACAUGGUUUGGAGUCAGAUGAGGUGGUAUGACUACAGCAAGAUCACAUCUUAAAAAUUCAGGGACUGUGUCUGUUAACAAAGAUUUCUUCCAUUUUGGUUUUUGGACAUUGUUUCUGUUCAUUGUGUCUUUUCAGGUGGGAAGGGUGUUGAGUGUUUUGGGGGAAGGGUAUGUGUGAUUUUUAUCUUUUCAUUACGCUUGUGUUGCAUUUAAAUGCAGAGGUACUGUCUUUCUUUGGAUCAUAACUAUGUCCAUGAUGAAUGUUUUUGACUGUUUCUCUUCUGCCUGUGCACCUCGUCUUCACCUCAUAAAAGUAACAGAGCAGAAUCUGGCCUUUGCUGCCGUACCUGAGGAGAGACCUGCUCAUGCAGCACAACUGUUGGGUCACCAACAUGGCACCCAGGCAGGUGCUGCUGCCUCUGACUCUCCCAUUCCCUGUGCCCACUCCCUGCCAUAAUGUAGGAGGAUAGUGAGAGCUAUUGUUAUCCCAGCAGCAGAAGAGAAGGACAGCUAAACACCACCUUGUAAUGUGGUGAAUUUGUCCCUCAAUUUGGGUUGAAGCUCUUUAAUGCAAAUAAUAUAUUUGCAUGACAUAAAUAUUUAUUAAAUUAAAUAAACAUUUUAAUCCAAAUAUUACAGAGAUCUUCACCACAGGUGUAUGUGGCUAGUGGUCUGAGUGGCCCCAAGGUCUAGACUUUGAAACAGGAUGUUGUGUUUCCUGACCAGCUCCCAGUACAUGCUAUGGCUUCCCUGCCAGCUCCUACUAGUGGGCCACAAAUUUGCAGGCACAGACUCAGCCCAGCAAAUUUCAACAGUACUUUGCACAAGCAUUUGAAGAUCACAUCCAUCAUCCUGGCUUAUUAAGGUUUAGGAGGGUUUUUCUGUUUUAGGUUUUUGGGUUUUCUUCAAUCAAAUUCAUGCAAAACUGUAAUGGUUGCUUUUAAGUUGAGUGCAGCUAGCAGUUUGAAAAGCAGAUAUCAUUAACUUCAUAGACUGUCAUAUGGGCAGAAACUUCAUGAAAGUGGACAUGAAAUGAGUAAAGUAUAGGGGAAGCUGAAAUUUAUGAUGGAGCUAUUAAACAUGGGACCAAUUACAAGUCUAGAAUUUUGAAAUUAUUUAGAAGUGACUAGAAAUUAAGAAAUAUUUCCCGUUUCCCAUUUUGCUGACACAGAUAAAAACAUGUUCCUUAGCAUUGCUGCUAUUAAAAA